GUAAACAAGAUACACCUGUACUUGUGUCUCAUCUCCCUUUGGAGGCCCUUGUCUUUCCAUAAAGUUCAGGCUAAUUGGUUGUCCUGCCACCUCAGUUCUCUGAUGAGUUUAAGAAAAGUUAUAAUUUCUUAGAUUAUCUAGCUUUUUUCUUAUUGUUAGGAUGGAGGUGACUUUCUUUCCAGCUUACUGUAUUCUAGGCCUUGAACUGAAUCUUCAAUGGCAGGUAAGAGUUGGCAUGAUGAGAAAGGGUAGGAAGGACAUUUUGGGCAGAGGAAGUUUGCUUUGGCAAGAUACUGGGGCAUGAAAUUGCACGAGGGUGUCAUUCACAAACAGCUGGGUUUAGUUCACAUUAGCAUUGUUAAUGAGGCUAGAAUGAUGGGCCAGAUCAUGGAGGGCCUGAAUGCCCACUGAAGGAGUUAAAUUGUAUACUGAAAACGUUAAGGAGCCAUAAAUGUAUCUCUUUGGUGGGUAUUUUCCAACAACCCUCUUUCCUUUGGCGAAAUUGGAUCCAGAGGAAUUAAUAAGGCUUGGGCUGAAUUACUUCUAAAAUGAUUGCUAUGCUCUUAGGUCUGUUCUAGUACCCAGCCUGCAUGUAGGAGGGGGCUGCUAAGCAUCUAGUAUGCCCGUGUAUUUUGCUUCUAGUCAGGCAGCAUUGGUGCUGCAGACAGUCCAGAGGACUGGAACAAAGUCUGGGACAACUGGAGGCUGCUGACAAUGGCUGGGAUAUUUGACUGCUGGGAGCCCCCAGAGGGAGGAGACCACCUAUAUUCCUACACCAUCAUCACAGUGGAUGCCUGCAAAGUCUUGAAUGACAUCCACCAAAGGAUGCCUGCCAUAUUAGAUGGAGAGGAGGCAGUCUCUAAAUGGCUUGAUUUUGGUGAAGUCUCAACUCAGGAAGCUCUGAAGUUAAUCCACCCUACAGAGAACAUCACCUUCCAUCCAGUCUCUUCUGUGGUGAACAGCUCCCGAAACGACAGUGUUGAGUGUCUGGCUCCUAUCGACUUAUCGGUCCAAAAGGAACUCAAGGCAAGAGGCUGCAGCCAGAAAAUGUUGCAGUGGCUGGCCACAAAGUCACCCAAAAAGGAAGACCCCAAAACACCCCAAAAGACAGAGUCAGAUGUGCGCCAGUUCCUGCCGAAGAGCCCAUCCUCAGUCAAGAGAAGCAGUGCAGUUCUCCUAGAGCAAUGGCUGAAGCAGGAGAAGGAGGAGGAGCCUGUGGCCAAGCAACUUCACAGCGAGUAAUGCAGGACUUUCAGAGACCAACGCCAGGUUUGCUGCACUGAGUCCUGUUGCUGAUUACAGGGUCUUGCAUGUGUGUGUAUGGAUUUGCUUUGGGAGGAGGUAGCAUAUUGUUAGUGGACAUUUGUGGGUUCCUGGGGGAGUGGCUAUUCUGGUUGUGACCAGGAACCCACUGUGGGGCAGAUAGGCAGCCUGGGAAGAGGAGGGGCCACCACCACAGGGGGCCUCUUAUGCCUGCAGCCUUCUCCUGCAGGACUUUUGGAGCCUUCCCUCGAAGCUUGACCCUGCUGGCAGUUCUAAGCCCUGACCUGACCUGAGCUGGUGCUGCUAGCGGAAGGCUGUUUUCUGCUCAACCUUUGAGCUCUAAGUUCUUUGGAAUUCAGUUCUUAAAACAUUGUUUUUUUAUGAAUAAAUUACAUUUGAUAAACUGCU